AUAUAUAUACUGCCUUCUUCUGGUCCACAUCCCUCUCCCACGAACACAGAUUUAAUUAAACUGAUUUUCUCUUUCACUUCCUUAGAAUUUGGAUUGAAGUUCGAAGACCCGCUGAAGCUAUGCUAAGGCUGCAUAUUUCUAGCUGUGGAAUCAGCAGCAGCAGAGUGACAGCAACCGGUGGCAGGCGCCGUGGCGAGUUGGUGCUCAAAGUUUGGGGGUGGAAGUGCCCCGCAAGCACAAAGCAGAGCCGCUUUUGCUAUGCCAGGGCCACCAAAGACGACGCUGGGGGCGGCAACGCCGGUGGCUUCGCAGAGCAGGGUUGGGACCCUGGCUUGGAGAUCGAGGUCCCCUUCGAGCAGCGGCCCGUUAAUGAGUACGAAGCGUUGAAGGAUGGCAUGCUUUACUCAUGGGGGGAGCUAACCGCUGCCGACUUUCUCUUGCGCAUCGGAAGCUUAUCGCUGCUUACGUUUACUGUCGUAGGAGCACCGAUUGCAGCUUCAAGCUUUAGCCCUUCCAAGGAACCGCUGAAGUUUGUCCUUGCAGCUGGGAUUGGCACUCUUCUCCUGGUGGCUUUAGUCCUGUUGCGGAUUUAUUUGGGAUGGAGUUAUGUGGGCAACAGGCUGUUGUCAGCAGUGAUACCCUACGAAGAAACUGGGUGGUAUGAUGGGCAAAUCUGGGCCAAACCACCUGAGGUACUGGCUCGUGAUAGGCUCUUGGGAUCUUAUAAGGUAAAACCAGUAAUCAAGUUGUUGAAGCAAACGUUAGUCGGGACCGGAGUUUUGCUUGUCGGUGCCGUAUCUUUGUUCAUAUUUGCUGCUCCAGCUGAAGACUUCCUGCAUUCUGGUUUUGUGCCAAAUUCACAGAGCAAACUGAAUCUAAGAAAGGAAGAGCUGCUGAGGUUACCAAUAGAGGUCAAGGACAACGAUGACCUUGCGGCUGCGGCAGCUGAAGCAGCAGAUGGAAGGCCAGUUUACUGCCGGGAUCGCUUCUACCGUGCCUUAGCAGGAGGCCAAUACUGCAAAUGGGACGAUUUGCUGAAUUAGAAGAACAGAUAAAUUGUAGUUCCCAGAACACAGAAGCAUCAUAAUACUGCAAAUAUUGCAUAGUAAUUAAGCAGACGAUAUCAAAAAUACCUUUGUUUUGCUGUGCAUGGCCUUUUGACCCUGUUCCUGUUCUAUUCUUGUCUGAAUGCUAAGGAGAUGACGCGUUGGCUCUGGUGAAUGAUUUGUUCA